GUUUCCGAUUCCCGAAACGAUACGUAAACCGUAAACGUAUAUUGUAACCAAAGCACCUUUUCAAUCAGCGUCACUUUCACUCUCUGAUUUUUUCUUUUUUUUCUCAUGUAAGUACAUACCAAGGGCCUUAAUUCAAGGAUACUCCCGCUGCACGACUACAUUCUCAAGUUGUGAGCUUUCUUGUCGAAUUUCACUCGCAAGAAGCUAUGCGAGAUGGGGUUUGAUUUGGAGUCUAUAUCGGAGGCUACCUCGGGAGCGGUUGGGGCUCUGGUUAGCACCACCAUCUUGUACCCGCUUGACACCUGCAAGAGCAAGUAUCAGGCUGAAGUUCGAGCUCACCAUCAGCAGAAGUACAGGAAUAUUUGUGAUGUUCUAUGGGAAGCAAUAUCUACCCGCCAGGUUCUUUCAUUGUACCAGGGCCUUGGAACCAAGAAUCUUCAGUCCUUUGUUUCACAGUUCAUAUACUUCUAUGGAUACAGCUUCUUUAAAAGGCUUUACUUGGAGAAAAGUGGAAGCAAAACCAUUGGAACAAAAGCAAACUUGCUUAUUGCUGCUGCUGCCGGGGCUUGUACUGUUGUAAUAACACAACCCCUAGAUACAGCUUCCUCAAGGAUGCAGACAAGUGAAUUUGGAAAAUCCAAAGGACUUUUGAAGACACUUUCGGAGGGCACCUGGAGUGAGGCAUUUGAUGGUUUAGGCAUAUCUCUUCUCCUGACAUCAAAUCCGUCUAUUCAGUAUACUGUGUUUGAUCAGUUGAAACAAAGGCUACUAAAAGCCCGUUUAAAGAGAAAAAGAGGUCUGGAGUCAUCCCCAGAAGCUCUUUCAGCCUUCUCUGCCUUUGUGUUAGGUGCUGUGUCGAAGUGUGCGGCAACCUUCUUGACUUACCCAGCAAUUAGGUGUAAAGUCACAAUUCAGGCUGCAGAGUCUGAAGAGAAAAACGGCCCCACUCAAUCAAAAGAUCAGAAAUCAAUUUCAGGUGCAGUCUAUGCCAUUUGGAAAAGAGAAGGGCUGCUGGGAUUCUACAAAGGAAUAGCUGCACAGAUCCUUAAGACCGUGCUAAGCUCAGCCUUGCAUCUAAUGAUAAAGGAGAAGAUCUCAAAAACAACAUGGAUUCUAAUGCUUGCACUCAGGAGAUAUCUUUUUCUCACACCUACCAGAUUAAAGGGAGCUUGAUGACAAUUAUAAUCUAGUAAAAAGAAAAGAAAAAAUAGAGGCUCCUGAAUUUCUCUAGAUAAAAUCUACCAAAUGCUAGAACCAUUGGUGGGCUCUGCUGGCCAGAUUCUGCCUCUUGGGAAGGAAGUUCUGAUGAUUUGUGCGAGCCUUGUAGUAAAUUCUUUUAACGUUCCUCCAACUGCUAGAUAAUAAAUUCGAAAGUACUUUCACAUUUAUUUGGGAUGUGGGUAAAGUACUCGUUAAAUAGCAAAAACAUGCAUAUACUUGUCUUCUAUGUAUAUUGAACGCAAAUUUCUAGCAUCACAUUAUAUAAUUUAGAUUGUGAAACUGUAGGUACACACAUGAACAUGCUUACAUAUCUGCAGAAUUGAAGUGUGCGAAGAAGACAUAUAUGCGAAAGGGAGGAAAAGCAAGUACACAUACUAGGAUUGCAUGAAAAAGAGAAAUAUAUAUCUUGCACUUCU